ACACUUUUUCCCUCCCCACGCGCGCUCUGAUCCGACAGCAGCUCCACUCCGCAGUCUUUUCCUUCCACUUCCACUCUACUUCAGAGACGCCAACCAGGCUGGCUGUUCCCACGCCUCUGUACCCUUAGGACCAGCAUCUGUACGGAAAUAAACACGGAUUAAAUCAUUGUUUUGGGGAUUAUGCUUUUUCCAAAUCGGACUACAGAUGCGGGAAUUGAAUCAGGAGUCUCGACUUUUUCCAGUAAAGUAACCGUGCAGCAGAAGUGGACGUAAACUUUUUUGGACUGGGCUCGGUCUUAUAAUGUCAGGGCUUCUGAGUGUGUUAUGAGUGGCGUUUAUGAUAUUUUUCCCCAUUUCUUAUGAGAGCUGUGUUUUAUAUGGACAGUUUUUCAAGUGGAAAAGACGAGAGAGAGACUUCCACAUCUCAGGAAUUCGACGCCAGGAAUUGAAGGGUCCGUGAACGCCGCAGGUAGCUAGCUAACUUGCUCGAGACUUUUAGGAUUGUUUCAAUAUCUCCUGAUAGAGGUGAGAAACAUAAUAGGCCUAAUUUUACUCAAACGAAUGCUCUGCUCUGUUCGGCACACAGCUAACGUGAGCUAAAUGCUCUGUGUGAGCUUUUCCAGGGUCGCAUUUUGUUUAAACCAACUCGGGUCUAGUUCAGCCUCCACCAUUAGCCUCCGCGGCUAACGUCCCAACAUGCCGCAGCUGGGCAGAGACGGAGACGACCUGGGGGCUAACGAUGAGAUGAUUGCCUUCAAAGACGAGGAGGAGAAACCCAAUGUGUCCUCGGAGCGGGACUUGGAUGAUGUCAAGUCGUCCCUAGUCAACGAGUCGGAGACCACCAGCAGCUCUGACUCGGCAGACAGGCGCCCCAAGCCGCAUCCAGAUGCCGAGAGCAGGGCCAGGCACGGCCAGCUGUUCCAGGAAGGGCCCCGGAAGCAGUAUGACACGGGCCUCUUCCAGCCUUCUCCGUAUGUGGGCUAUCCCUUCUUCAUGAUCUCGGACCUUGGGAACCUCUGCAGCCCCUACAUCACUAACGGAGCUCUGGCCCCAAGCGGCCGGACGUACCUGCCGUUUCAGUGGCCUCUCCUUGACAUCCCAGGAAGAGCAACUAUCAGAGAUUCUGCUGCUCCCGCACACCUGUCCAACAGCGUCCCUGUGGUGCAGCAUCCCCACAUGACCCAUCUCCGCCCCCUGCUGUCCUACAGUCCAGAAGCCUUCUCCCCUCAGAGGGCGUCUCCUGGAUUCUCUCCUGAGCCUGGAAUGUCGAGGAGCCCUCACACUGCCUGUUAUCCUGUGUCUUCUGGAGGAAUGACUCCCAUCCCACACCCACUGGGCUGGCUGCCGGGGCAGCCCAUGUAUCCCAUUGCGGGGGGGUUCUCCCCUGCGGCUCUAGCCAUGAAUGCCUCCAUGUCCAGUCUGGUGUCAAGCGGCUUCUCACCACGUUUGGUUCCGGCCCCCCAGACGUCGGUUCCCCAUCCGGCUAUUGUUCCCGUAGCAGUGAAGCAGGAGCCUGGAGCCAGUCACAUCCAGCAGCCUGGGAAGCCCCCCUCCACCUCCGAGCAUGACCAGGAAGAGGAGCGGAAGCCCCACAUCAAGAAGCCGCUCAACGCCUUCAUGCUCUACAUGAGGGAGGAGAGGCCCAAAGUUGUGUCUCAGUGCAAAGUGAAGGAGAGUGCCACCAUCAACCAGAUCCUGGGCCAGCGGUGGCAUUCUCUGUCAAAAGAGGAACAAGCCAAAUAUUAUGAUUUGGCUCGCAAAGAGAGACUGCUGCACUCAAAGCUGUACCCCAACUGGUCAGCUAGAGACAACUAUGGGAAGAAGAAGAAGAGGAAGAGGGUGAAGAGUGAAACUCAGUUGGAAGUUGCUGCAGCAGCAGACGACUUCCCUGCACAGCUAAAGAAACCUCGAGAGGAGACUCCACACACACACACUCCGCUAACACAAGCUUCACACACACGCCCUCACCUGACGCAUACACACACAGUGUCUCAUCUGACACACACCCAGCUGUCCCAGGCCAGCCCUGCCUCCUCCCUGGACUCCCCGGCGACCCCCACCACGGCGCUGGCCUCGCCCGCCGGCCCGGCUGCCACACACACCGAGCACACACACUCCUCCUACAGCCACAGCGGACACGGCUCCCCCUAUGGUGAGCAACUGCAGCCACUGUCCCUCACCACCAAGCCCCCUCGCACCACCCACUCAGUGGGCCGCAAUACCAUCACCCCAGGACCCUCCUCCACAGACACACCCACCUCCCCCCCUCCAGGAGCUCCCCUGGGCCACUGUCUCACCCCUUCUUUCUUCCCCCUCCCUCCUCCUCCCACUGAUGAGUUGUCUCCUCUGAACAGCCAAUCAGCUCUGAGGAUCUGAAACAUGAAAUGUGCCUCUUUCUACAUGCUGUAAAUAAGCUUUUUUAUUUUUUAGUUUUUACUUUUUAUAGAUUUGUCAUAUUUUAUACCAGUAUGAAAAGGACAUAUUUGGUCAAUAUUUGACUGCAUCUAAAAUCUGUAUUUUUGACUAUUUCACUUUUUCUACUUUCUUACUUGGAGGAAACAGGUUUUAUGUGAAGUUGAGGUUUGAGAUUUUUUUUUCCAUUUUGUAGUGCUUCAUGUUAAGCUAGUUGAUGGUUCUUCAUGUUAAUAAAUUCACACAGAAUACAAACAUGCUCUCAUUAUUUAGCCAAUAAAAAAUCACUUCAUUUUGCUAAUCGUAACUAAAAGAGGAAAGGCGACUUUGUUAGGGGGAGUCUAUCAGAGAAAAGCAAACUGGAUGAACAACCAAUGAGAUAUUAAAGCAACAAUGAACCUAUCACUUUUUGGAUUGAGAAGGAUACUGGAGUACCCAGAGAGAACCCAAGAAUCCACUGGUAGAGCAUGCUAACUAUGAACCUGAAUCUUAAGCGUUAAACCCAAACUUCAGCUUCUUCUGUCACCAGCUUCAACUGCAGGCCUCUAUGUAGCAUCUGUAAAGAUCUAUGCUUCUAUGGAGACAACCUGUAGUCUAUUUCCAGUCUGUUAAUUAAAUCAGGACAUGGUUAAACCUGUCACAAUAAGCAAUAAAUCAGUCAUAUGAUUCAUUAAAAUGGGCUGAACAAUUUGUAUAUUCAUAUUUCUAUGUUUUCUUUGUCUCUGCCAGAGAGACUGGAUGACGAAGGCUUUCACUCCGGAGCAUCGGUCUCAACUUAACCCUACCCCAUACGUUUCCUUAGCAUAAGGGGGAGUGAACUUUGACCUCCAUUACUACAUGACCUCAUACCAGACUAGCCCAGUAAGGAGGAGCAGGCCACUUUUUAUUUACAAAAGUCCCCAUCUGAGACACCGGCUCCAAAGAGAAAAAUCUGAGUGGCUGAGUAAAAAUCUAGAUUUAAAUUCAAUACAUGCAUUUUAGUUUGACAUUUGACACACACACAUGCACACACCUACACACACAUGCACAUUCAAAAACCUUAAAACAUUGCUAUAAAACAGAGUUUGCCAAAAUCUCUGGCUUAGGGUGAUGCUAAAGAUGCAUGGACAAUUACUAAAUUUGUCCAGAGUGGAACAACUAGUCCCAACUGGUUUAAGAGGAAAUUUAUUUUUCCCACAGAACCUGCUGGCUUUGGGUGUUUUUAUUUAUUUAUUUGUUCAUGUUGGCUUUAUCCCAAAAUUAACAUUUGUUUAACAUUACUUUAAGUGAGACAAAUAAAGAAAAAUCAGAAGAGAUCUGUAAGCAAUAAACACCUUUUC